AUGAUCGUCUAUCCAAGAAUUUCAACAGAUUUGAUCAUUAUACUGAUUCAUACUGUUCUUCAUGGAUCAUUUGAACAAUCCACAAACUCGUGUGAAAAUAAUUCAUCGAGCUGUGUUAAUGGUCACUGCAUUAAUGGAACGUGUGUGUGUAAUACAUGUUGGAUCGGGACAACCUGUGAAGAACGAUUACAUAGAAUUCCAAAAUUCACUCAGACAGUAUUUACCUUCGAAACCAAGUUUUCUAACUGGAUCAAUGGAAGUCUGAUUGGUAGACUUUCUCUGAGUGAUGAAAACUCCUCCUUAGCAUCGUGUGGAAGUGUUCAAUUCAAUAUUGUACCUGGUUCAAACUACGUACCAGUAGCUAUCGAUGGAACAACUGGUAUUUUGAAAGUAAUUGAAAGUGAUUAUGAAACAAUGAAGAAUAAUCACAUCAUCACUUUUCAAGUGACAGUUAAGAAUGCAAAUACUUCACUAAAUAUAUCUGAUGAUGCAACGGUCAACAUUCUAAUUGAUGGAAAGUAUUCUGAAGAAGAAACAGAAAGUGAAAUCACUGCAGUCAAGAGGGGUGUCAUAGUUCCACCGAAUACUAUCAAUGUCACAUUUUCCAGAGUAUACAUCCAGAAUAAUCGAAAUUAUUGUCUAUUCGAUACAUGGUUUAUUGAUUCGGUAAUUGUCCUUCCACCUGGAAAUAAUAGUUUGGUCAUGAAAUUUUCUGGUCCGUCUCUAAAUAAUGUCUAUUACGGAUAUAUACAAUAUUUGUUUGCUUACUACAACGGUUCAAAUAUAGCAAAUAAUUAUCCUGUGAAGUUUAGUAAUCUCACAUACUUGAACAAUAGUUCCUCGUCUUCGGGGUUCACAAUGACAAGUCAGAUAAAUGUUUCAUCCGCUCCUACCAAUGAUUCAAAUGACUUCAGUAUUAGGAUGCGAUUCCAAGUUGGUCUUUUUCCUCAAAUGUCGAUUCCACCAAUAGGUACCAAUUUAACAGUUAGAAUGGAGGCAUUGUUGACUCCAAAGAUUACCGUAGAUAUUCCCAUGAGAGUUUCCUCGAACUGUCCGAUUCAAUAUGAUUCAGUCAACUUUACCAAGUGCCCACCGCAAGUGGAAGUAGGUGGGGUUUAUGAGUAUUCUGUGGACUACUUUAUAAGCAGACCCAUUGGCGAUUAUGUGUUCACAUUCACUACUGAUGAGUUUAGUGCCUCAAUUGGACAUAUAUCUUUGACGCUACCUACAACAUUCUCUACAUACCCAGAAGGUUAUAAAAUAGAUACGCAACAAUUCGUUGGUAGUACCUUCGUACUGACUACCAUUGGCUACGUUAGCGUUUCAAAUCUACAAAAUCCAGGUGUUUAUGACACUACUUUGCCAAUGAUGAAUCGAUCAGUUCGUCUAACUGUUUUUAUCCAGAUAUAUAAACCAAGUUUGGUAUCCGUUAUGUUUGAAGCGAAAAUCUCACCAUUAGGUAAGAAUUCUACAGUGAAUUUUUGUGAGAGCCAACUCAUAGCAUUUGCAGGUUCUAAUUUGGUUGAGAAAGGUAAUUUGGCCUUAAAGGAUACCUCAAUCGUGAACCAAGCUGAAAAGUUGCAAUUCUUUAAUGUUGAACUGAGUGUUCCACCUUAUACAACAGCGACUUAUACUAUCCUGAUAACUAAUACUGGUAAACUAAUGACGGAACCAUGUUCUGUGGAUUACUUGUUAACAGAAAAUAAUUCAACUAAGAACAUCAGGCUAAUAACAGAAUACACUGUAUCUCAAGGGCGAAGAACAACAGGCACGACGACAAUUGGUAUAUUCAGAAACAAUAGCACAUGGAAUAUUAAUUAUAAUUUUCGAAUUGGAUUAAAAUUAUUUUACAAUGCCAGCUAUAUCGUGGGUGAUACAAUGCAAGUGCAGCUUCAGAUGUUUAGUAUUGUCUUAACUGUAUCUUCUUUUGUAGUAACACUUCCGAUAACGUCUAUGGAGCAACCCAUAACCACUACUCCUGUCGAUAAAACUCCUGUAGUUACUAUUGAAAAAGUCGAACCACGAAAUUCACAACCAACAGUAAACUUUAAUACAAUUGUAGAAGUUCGAGUGAAAUUCGUUAAAGACUUUGUCUACAUGCCGAUAACUUUCCAACUACAAGUAAAUUCAAGUGAAGCAAAUAUAAUCAGACAGAGUAUUCAAACAAUUGGAUAUCUAUUAAAUACUGUGGCACCUGUGAGCUCUGUUUCUUCGGUAAAAUCUAAUUUGGCUACAUUGCAAAUAAAUUCGGUGUAUUUCAAUGAAUCAUGUACAGAUGCUCAGUGUGAUAUUGCAAUGCGUUAUUCGAUAAUUCCAAAAACAACAAAGCCUUCGAUAAUCACAUCAACAUUUAGCUCUGGUGUAUCCAACUUUACGAAAACAUUAACUAUUACUGCACAAGCUAACUAUUCUACUGUGUUGUCAUCAAGUCAGGUUCCAGGAGUUGAUCUAAUUUCUAUUGAUUCAAAAACAGUCAAAAAUCAAGUUAUACCGAACUAUUUAACAUCACUGAAGUUAACGCUAACUCUGAAACCCAAUGUAUGGCAGUCGAUAAAUUUUCAACUUUAUGCUCCAGGUGCCUACCAAGAAUACAUAUUAAUCAAACCAAUAAUGUUAAGCCAAUCAACAUCAUUGCCAUAUGUCAGCUUAUUUCUGAACUCUUUGGAAAAUAUGGCUAAUGUCAGAAUAGAUAAAGCUUAUUACGAAGGAAUUGCAACCGAUCAAACGACUUCGGCAGCAAAUCAGUUAACUUACUAUAUCCCAUUGUUCACUGCGAAUUCUGUCAGACCACUGGUUAAUUUCACUUACAGUUUGACGGUCAAUUCAAUCUCUAUAUUUGGUAAUUUCAUAUUUACUACCACCACUCCAGCAGCAUUUACUACAACUCUUACAAAUACUUGGACUUUAAUUUCUCCAAGUGCCACUGAUGCAUAUAAACAAAUGUGUACUGGAGGACCAUUUGAAUUUGCAUUGACUAUGUGUCCGGUUGAAAGACGUUGUUCAUUAUUUACGUAUUGGAUCAACAGAAUUGUGAAUGGUAGUGCAGUUCUUAAUGUUACAAAAGUAGAUCUAUUUAAAGCUGCUCCAGAUGUGCGGUUAUUAACCGCGUUCUCUGUAAAAUUGACAUCUGAACGUAGUGGAACUGGAAGCAACAACACUAAUGAAUCUAUAAUAACUAUUUCAGAUUUUAAUAUAAGUUUGGGUUCUAACAUAUUCUACACAACAACUGAUUACUCAUCUAAUUAUUUGUCCACUUAUUCAACCGAUCAAAAUGAUCAGUUGUCAAUAUACUUCGAAAAUAUCACAAACAUUGGUACGGUAAGUGCACCCUCAAUGCAAAACGCUCUCAGUCUUUCAGUGGAUAUCCAGUUGAGUGAUAGUAAAAUUGUAGAAAACGGAACUGUUUGGCCGUUGCAAAUCACUGGUCGAUUCAAUGUUGUCACUAAUAUUAGCAAAAUAUCUGUAUAUUGUAUAAGAACAGGGUCAGAAAAACCAUCAAUUCAGGUUGUACUAUCUCAACUGUCAUCGUUCACAUUCAGUGAUUAUCCUGAUAGAGAUGUGGUGUAUCUUCAGACAACCGUUCAAAUGAUGAAUGGUACCGGAUUGGAAUGUGAAAGACAAUCGAUAAUUUUCUAUCUCAGUCCAGAAAUAAAAUCAAUCAGUGUAGUUAAUCAAACAGGCAACAUAGAUAAUGUAACAUUGAAAACUCCUUUAAACCCAGUAUCUAAAUCAGUUCAGUUCAUAGCAGGACGUUUAUAUUUCGGUGCAAAGUAUGAAGUCAUCUUUAGUCUGAAAUUUAAUCCAUCUCGUAGUACGACCAUUGUGAAAUAUCCAGUUCUAGUCGAAAUUGUGUGCAAACCCUAUGAACGUGGUAGUGCCGUAGUGAAUAGCUGCGCAAAACAAAGGUUUUACAAGUUCAAAUCUCGUCUGCGUGUUCAACUUGACUACACUUAUCCUUACAACUUACCUCAUUACGUUGCAAUACAAAACCCUUUGGUACAGUUGCCCGACCGUCAAGCAAAUACAUUUCUAAAUGUUGGUGAUCUUUUGUUUUAUUGUGCACGUGCGUUUAGUAUGAAGGGUUCAUUAGAUUUGGUGAGACGAUGUUUCAAGAUUGGUAAAUUGCCUGAAAGAAUUUGGUUUGAUGUCGGACCAUAUGUUGAACAGAUUAUAGCGUACACAAAUCCACUUGGCAUAUUGUUCGGUUUGGGAGCAAAUGGUGGAGGUGUAAUAAUGAGUAAGGAUUUGGGUAAAACAUGGAUUUCAAUCAACUCAUUCAUGUAUCAAAGAACUUUGAAUACGUCGACUGAAAUCAUUACAGCAAGUGUCAUACCAUGGAUUUCAUCAACUGGAUCAAUUGACAAUACACUGUCUGAGUCAUUUUGCAAGAUGCGAGUGGCUAAUCAAUGGAAUGUAUGCAUCAACGCAAUUUAUGCAAAUGAACUUCUAUUGGCAGACUGGACUAACACCUGUCCAAACAUCAAGCCUUUUUAA